UCACUUCUUCAUUUAUUUCCUUACAGGGUAGUCCAAUGGAUCCAAUGGUGAUGAAGAGGCCUCAGCUGUAUGGGAUGGGCACUCACCCCCAUUCCCAGCCGCAGCAGAGCAGUCCGUACCCAGGAGGCUCCUACGGCCCCCCGGGCGCACAGCGAUACCCCCUCAGCAUGCAGGGCCGGGCUCCAGGGGCCCUGGGAGGCAUGCAGUACCCACAGCAGCAGAUGCCACCGCAAUAUGGACAGCAAGGUGUGAGUGGUUACUGCCAGCAAGGCCAGCAGCCAUAUUACAACCAGCAGCCGCAGCCCCCGCACCUCCCGCCCCAGGCCCAGUACCUGCAGCCCCAGUCCCAGCAGAGGUACCAGCCACAGCAGGACAUGUCUCAGGAAGGCUAUGGAACUAGAUCUCAGCCUCCUCUGGCCCCCGGAAAAUCCAACCACGAAGACUUGAAUUUAAUCCAACAGGAACGACCUUCGAGUUUACCAGUCGAAGUCUUGGCCUCGGAGGAUGCAGCCUUUGGACUCAAGGACCUGUCUGGUUCCAUCGACGACCUCCCCACAGGAACGGAAGCAACUCUGAGUUCUGCAGUCAGUGCAUCCGGCUCCACGAGCAGCCAGGGGGAUCAAAGCAACCCGGCUCAGUCUCCUUUCUCCCCACACGCAUCACCCCAUCUCUCCAGCAUCCCUGGGGGGCCGUCACCUUCUCCUGUUGGCUCUCCUGUGGGAAGCAACCAAUCACGGUCUGGUCCGAUUUCCCCUGCAAGUAUUCCAGGCAGCCAGAUGCCUCCCCAACCACCAGGGAGCCAGUCAGAAUCCAGUUCCCAUCCUGCCUUGAGCCAGUCACCAAUGCCACAGGAAAGAGGUUUUAUGGCAGGUACACAGAGAAACCCUCAGAUGUCUCAGUACGGACCUCAGCAGGCAGGACCAUCCAUGUCGCCUCACCCCUCUCCUGGGGGCCAGAUGCAUCCUGGAAUCAGUAACUUUCAGCAGAGUAACUCAAGUGGCACUUACGGUCCACAAAUGAGCCAGUAUGGACCCCAAGGCAACUACUCCAGAACCCCAACGUAUAGUGGGGUACCCAGUGCAAGCUACAGCGGCCCAGGGCCCGGUAUGGGUAUCAAUGCCAACAACCAGAUGCAUGGACAAGGGCCAACCCAGCCGUGUGGUGCUAUGCCCCUGGGACGAAUGGCUUCAGCUGGGGUGCAGAACAGACCGUUUCCUGGAAACAUGAGCAGCGUUACCCCCAGCUCUCCUGGCAUGUCUCAGCAGGGAGGGCCAGGAAUGGGUCCGCCAAUGCCCACUGUGAACCGUAAGGCCCAGGAAGCCGCUGCAGCUGUGAUGCAGGCUGCCGCAAACUCAGCACAAAGCAGGCAAGGCACUUUUCCUGGCAUGAACCAGGGUGGACUCAUGGCCUCCAGCUCUCCCUACAGCCAACCCAUGAACAACAGCUCCAGCCUGAUGAACACACAGGCACAGCCCUACAGCAUGACACCUACAAUGGUGAACAGCUCUACAGCAUCUAUGGGUCUUGCAGAUAUGAUGUCUCCUGGCGAAUCCAAGCUGUCCGUGCCUCUUAAAGCAGACGGGAAAGAAGAAAGUGUGCCCCAGCCCGAGAGCAAGUCAAAGGAUAGCUACAGCUCUCAGGGUAUUUCUCAGCCUCCAACCCCAGGCAACCUGCCAGUCCCUUCCCCAAUGUCCCCCAGCUCUGCCAGCAUCUCCUCCUUUCAUGGAGAUGAGAGCGAUAGCAUUAGCAGCCCAGGCUGGCCCAAGACUCCAUCAAGCCCUAAGUCCAGCUCAUCGUCCACCACUGGGGAGAAGAUCACAAAAGUGUAUGAGCUGGGGAACGAGCCAGAGCGGAAGCUGUGGGUUGACCGCUACCUGACAUUCAUGGAAGAGAGAGGCUCCCCCGUGUCCAGUCUUCCAGCAGUGGGCAAGAAGCCCCUGGACCUGUUUCGACUCUAUGUCUGUGUCAAGGAGAUUGGCGGUUUGGCACAGGUUAAUAAAAACAAGAAGUGGCGUGAGUUGGCAACCAACCUAAACGUUGGCACUUCCAGCAGUGCGGCCAGCUCCCUCAAAAAGCAGUAUAUUCAGUACCUGUUUGCCUUUGAAUGCAAAAUUGAGAGAGGGGAGGAGCCCCCACCAGAAGUCUUCAGCACUGGGGAUACGAAGAAACAGCCCAAGCUCCAGCCGCCAUCUCCUGCUAACUCAGGAUCCUUACAAGGCCCACAGACUCCACAGUCCACAGGCAGCAAUUCAAUGACAGAAGUUCCCGGUGAUCUGAAGCCACCGACCCCAGCAUCUACCCCUCAUGGGCAGAUGGCUCCCAUGCAAAGUGGAAGAAGCAGUACAAUCAGUGUGCACGACCCAUUCUCAGAUGUAGGUGAUUCAUCAUACCCAAAACGGAACUCUAUGACUCCAAAUGCCCCGUACCAGCAGGGCAUGAGCAUGCCAGACAUGAUGGGCAGGAUGCCCUAUGAGCCCAACAAGGACCCCUUCAGCGGAAUGAGAAAAGUGCCUGGAAGUAGCGAACCCUUUAUGACACAAGGACAGAUGCCCAACAGCAGCAUGCAAGACAUGUACAACCAGAGUCCUUCAGGUGCCAUGUCCAAUCUGGGCAUGGGGCAGCGGCAGCAGUUUCCCUAUGGAGCCAGUUAUGACCGGAGGCAUGAGGCUUAUGGGCAGCAGUAUCCAGGCCAAGGUCCUCCCACAGGACAGCCGCCGUAUGGAGGACACCAGCCUGGCCUGUACCCACAGCAGCCGAAUUACAAACGCCACAUGGAUGGUAUGUAUGGGCCUCCAGCCAAGCGCCAUGAGGGGGACAUGUACAACAUGCAGUAUGGCAGUCAGCAGCAGGAGGUGUACAACCAGUAUGGAGGCUCUUACUCUGGCCCGGACAGGAGGCCCAUCCAGGGACAGUAUCCCUACCCCUACAACAGAGAGAGGAUGCAGGGCCCAGGCCAGAUGCAGCCACAUGGAAUCCCACCUCAGAUGAUGGGCGGCCCCAUGCAGCCAUCCUCCAGCGAAGGGCCUCAGCAGAAUAUGUGGGCAACACGCAAUGAUAUGCCUUAUCCCUACCAGAACAGGCAAGGCCCAGGCGGCCCUGCACAGGCACCACCUUACCCAAGCAUGAACCGUACAGAUGACAUGAUGGUACCAGAUCAGAGGAUCAAUCAUGAGAGCCAGUGGCCUUCUCACGUCAGCCAGCGCCAGCCUUACAUGUCAUCUUCAGCCUCCAUGCAGCCCAUCACGCGCCCACCUCAGUCAUCCUACCAGACGCCACCAUCACUGCCAAACCACAUCUCCAGGGCACCAAGCCCCGCCUCCUUCCAGCGCUCCCUGGAGAGUCGCAUGUCUCCAAGCAAGUCUCCCUUCCUGCCCGCCAUGAAGAUGCAGAAAGUCAUGCCCACCGUCCCCACAUCCCAGGUCACUGGGCCACCCCCUCAGCCACCACCAAUCAGAAGGGAGAUUACCUUUCCUCCUGGGUCCGUAGAAGCCUCACAGCCAGUCCUGAAACAAAGGCGAAAGAUCACCUCAAAAGACAUUGUUACUCCUGAGGCGUGGCGCGUGAUGAUGUCCCUUAAAUCGGGUCUGUUGGCUGAGAGCACUUGGGCUUUGGACACUAUCAACAUUCUCCUCUAUGACGACAGCACGGUCGCCACCUUCAACCUUUCCCAGCUGUCUGGGUUCCUGGAGCUUUUAGUGGAGUACUUUCGAAGAUGCCUAAUUGACAUUUUCGGAAUUCUUAUGGAAUAUGAAGUGGGUGACCCCAGCCAAAAAGCACUUGAUCACCAUUCGGGGAAGAAAGAUGACAGCCAGUCCUCAGGAGAUGAUUCUGGGAAAGAAGAAGAGGAUGCUGAGUGUCUUGAUGAAGAGGAGGAGGAAGAAGAGGAGGAAGACAGUGAAAAGAUGGAGUCAGAGGGGAAGAGCAGUGCUGCCCCUGCUGCUCCAGAUGCCAGCGUGGACCCCAAGGAGACGCCAAAGCAGGCCAGUAAGUUUGACAGGCUGCCCAUAAAGAUUGUCAAAAAGAACAACCUGUUUGUGGUGGACCGGUCUGACAAGCUGGGCCGCGUGCAAGAGUUCAACAGUGGACUCCUACACUGGCAGCUGGGGGGCGGCGACACUACAGAGCACAUCCAGACUCACUUUGAGAGCAAGAUGGAGAUCCCUCCUCGAAGGCGCCCGCCUCCGUCUCUGAGCUCCACAGGAAGGAAGAAAGAGCUGGAAGGCAAAGGUGAUUCUGAAGAGCAGCCAGAGAAAAGCAUCAUAGCCACCAUCGAUGACGUCCUGUCUGCCCGGCCAGGGGCCCUGCCGGAAGACGCCAACCCAGGACCUCAAACCGAUAGCAGCAAGUUUCCCUUUGGAAUUCAGCAGGCCAAAAGCCACCGGAACAUCAGGCUCCUGGAGGACGAGCCCAGGAGCCGAGACGAGACUCCCCUGUGCACCAUCGCGCACUGGCAGGACUCGCUGGCUAAGCGCUGCAUCUGUGUGUCCAACAUCGUGCGGAGCUUGUCUUUCGUGCCUGGCAACGACGCAGAGAUGUCCAAACACCCAGGCUUGGUGCUGAUCCUGGGAAAGCUGAUUCUGCUGCAUCACGAGCAUCCUGAGAGAAAACGGGCGCCACAAACCUAUGAGAAGGAGGAGGAUGAGGACAAGGGGGUGGCCUGCAGCAAAGAUGAGUGGUGGUGGGACUGCCUUGAGGUCUUGCGGGAUAACACAUUGGUCACGUUGGCCAACAUUUCCGGGCAGCUAGACUUGUCUGCGUACACGGAGAGCAUCUGCUUGCCGAUCCUAGACGGCUUGCUGCACUGGAUGGUGUGCCCCUCUGCAGAAGCGCAGGACCCCUUUCCCACCGUGGGGCCCAACUCAGUCCUGUCACCACAGAGACUUGUGCUGGAAACCCUCUGUAAACUCAGUAUCCAGGACAACAACGUGGACCUCAUCUUGGCCACACCUCCAUUUAGUCGUCAGGAGAAAUUUUAUGCUACAUUAGUUAGGUACGUUGGGGAUCGCAAAAACCCGGUCUGUCGAGAAAUGUCCAUGGCGCUUUUAUCGAACCUUGCCCAGGGGGACGCACUGGCUGCAAGGGCAAUAGCUGUGCAGAAAGGAAGCAUCGGAAACUUGAUAAGCUUCCUCGAGGACGGGGUCACGAUGGCGCAGUACCAGCAGAACCAGCAGAACCUCAUGCACAUGCAGCCCCCACCUCUGGAACCCCCUAGUGUAGACAUGAUGUGCAGGGCGGCCAAGGCUUUGCUGGCCAUGGCCAGAGUGGAUGAAAACCGCUCAGAAUUCCUUUUGCACGAGGGUCGGUUGCUGGAUAUCUCGAUAUCGGCUGUCCUGAACUCUCUGGUGGCAUCUGUCAUCUGUGAUGUACUAUUUCAGAUUGGGCAGUUAUGACAUACGUGAGAAGGCACGCAUGUGUGAGUGAAGAUAGAGGGUCACAUAGAACUGGCUGUUUUCUGUUCUCGUUUAUCCAGCGUAGGAAGAAAGAAAAGUCUUUGCUCCUCUGCCCCAUUCACUAUUUACCAAUUGGGAAUUAAAUCAUUAAUUUGAACAGUUAUAAAAUUGAUAUUGCUGUCUCUGUGUAUAAGUACAUCCUUUGGGAAUUUUCUAUUUCUUUUCUUUUUUUUUUUUUUAACCAAAGUUGCUGUCUAGUACAUUGAAAGGUCACUUCUUUUUUCACAAAUUUCCUUUUUAAUGUCUUUUUUUUUUAAUUCAUGUUGUAUUGCAGUUUUGGGGAAGUGAAUUGACUUUAAAGAAAAAAAAAAGUUUUGACAAAAGAUGCUAAGAUAGGAAAAUUUCACCACACCGAGGCAAAAAGGUGAAAGAAAAAUUGAUCCUUGAAUUGAUUUCCUAUGAGUUUUAGUCUCCACAGAAUGAAAAAAACAAAACAAAACUGCAUCCCGUCACCCAAAGCUCUGUGCAAUAGAAACUUCUAGAAAAAUAGGUGUAGGGGCUUGAGGAGGUGUGGCAGUCAGUAGUCAGAACUAUGAUGAUACUGGUUUCUCCACAGGAAAGUGGUUACAUUAGGCUACAAGCAAAAACAGCGCUUCAGUUAGGGGUGAAAAUGCACUCCUAAUGGCCAUCUGCAGAGUUGCUUCCUCACCACGACCGCCAUGUCUGCUGUGGUUCAGCCUCCACGUGACAGUUCUUCACAAUUCCUUUCAUCAUUUUUUAAAUAUUUUUUUUACUGCCUAUGGGCUGUGAUGUAUAUAGAAGUUGUACAUUAAACAUACCCUCAUUUUGUUUCUUUUCUUUUUUUUUUUUUUUUUAGUAUAAAGUUUUUAGUUUCUUUUUCAUGAUGUGGUAACUACGAAGUGAUGGUAGAUUUAAAUAAUUUUUUAUUUUUAUUUUAUAUAUUUUUUCAUUAGGACCAUAUCUCCAAAAAAAAGAAAAAAGAAACAAAAAAUACAAAAAACAAAAACAAAAAAAAAAAAAAGAGGGUAAUGUACAAGUUUCUGUAUGUAUAAAGUCAUGCGCUAUUGGGAGAGCGGCUGGUCCCAAUUUGCUUCAUGAAUCAAGGUGUGGAAAUGGUUGCAUAUGGAUUGAUUUAGAAAAUGGAUACCAGUACAGACAAAAAGAAAAAGAACGAAAGAAAAAAGAAAAAACAACUAAAAGGAAGAAACACAACUUCAAAGAUUUUUCUGUGAUAAGAAUCCGCAUUUGUAUUUCAAGAUAAUGUAGUUUAAGAAAAGAAAAAAAUGAAAAAAACUUGAUGUAAAUUCCUCCUUUUCCUCUGGCUUAAUGAAUAUCAUUUAUUCCGUAUAAAAUCUUUAUAUGUCCCACAUGUUAAGAAUAAAUGUACAUUAAAUCUUGUUAAGCACUGUGA